GAUAACAUUCGUUGCCAAACGUCCCAGCCGCAUGUCACUGCCACUCUGCACUCUUCUCUCAUCCAAAACCCCAAUUUCCCACCCAAAUCUAUCUCUUCUCUCAUCUUCUUCUCUCCUGCGGAUUUGCAAAUUACACACUUCUGCAAGCUAAAAAAUCCAGUUUUCUUGCUCAGGCUAGUGCCUGGUUGUAUCUACAGCUCAGCUCAGAAAGAAAGGAGUGGUUUUUGAGGAGUGGUUUUUGUCUACACAGCUGCUGCAUAUCAUGCCUCCACUUGCCACAAUGUCAUCGCCAGGUUCGCUUCUUCUGUUGACCCCCGCUGUGUACCAGGGGAUUGGGAGAAAUCGUGGAGGACAAAGCCAGGAAGGACAAUCUAUCUCGUCUUCACGAUCUCUCAAGACUAAACUCAGCGUUUCUGCCAGAGCAGUUUCUUCAUGCGAAGCAUCCAUGAGAAUAACAUGUUGCGCAAACCAGACACAGACUGCACGACGCAAAUCUUUCUCUGGACCUACCUCACCGCCAUCAGGGUCAGUUAAAGAGAAAGUGAGGAGUCCAAAGCUUGACGAUGGAGGCACCGGCUUCCCGCCAUUCCGGUUCGGUGGAGGAGGAGGAGGUGGAGGUGGAGGCGGCAGCAACUCUGCCGGUGGAUUCAUCCUGUUCGUGAUCGUUUUGCUUCUUGAUUACCUGAGGGAGUUUGAGAGGAACCUGCAGAAUGGAACAAGGAGGGGCAGUGACUAUGACAAUGGGCUCGCUCCCCAAUAGUUGGUUUGUUUCAUAGGACACUUUAGCGACGAUCCGAAAUGCAAGUGGGCUGACCCGUAAACCCACUUAUAAAUCAUUUAAGCGGGUCGAUCCGUGGCUGGCCACUGGCCCAUUUGCAUCCUUAUCUGAAACUCCUUUUCUGGAAAUGUGUCAAGUGAGAAUUGUGCCUGAGAAAUGGUAAUGGAGUGUAGCAGCCUUCUGGAAAGAAAUGGUAAUGGCAUGUAGAAAGCUGAGACUGGUGUAUCAAAGGCCAAUGACAAUAGCUACAUGAUAUUUGAAGGGCCUUGAUGAGGCAAAUGAGUGACAAUGGACCAGGUGUUUAAAAAUGUGAAUUUUUUGUUGAGAUUGUUGAUUGGAUAUGUUGCGAGAAGUGUUUGGAAAUUUCAAUAGAACUAUUGCGGGCUCAA